AUGUCGACUGCCGCACAUCGGGCCAUGCCCGUUCCACAUGCCCGCGAGGCACCAUACUUCGAUGGCAAGCGCAUACGUGACUUCAUCGCCCAUUUAGAGGAAUGCGGCCGCGCUGCUGGCCUCUCAGAGUCCGAAUUGCCAAAGUUCGUCGCGCGGUACUGCUCAACCGCCGUUCGCGAGCUUGUACAGUGUUUCGAGCAAUUUGCGGGCACGGACUGGGAUGCUGCAAAGAAGCAGUUGCUGAUCAUGUACGGGGCAAACGAUGAGCCCCCGCGCUAUACGCUCUCAGAUUUGCGCGCGUUUUGCAAGACUUCGGCUCAUGCGAAGCCUUUCCGGAACCGGACUGAUGUCGAAGCGUACUACCGCGAUUUUCACAAGAUCGCGAAACGUCUGCUGAAUCAAAAAGUCAUUGAUGGUGCCGAACUAAACCGAUACUUCUAUAGAGGGCUACCCGAGCGCGUCCGCGACGAUAUCAGGUUGCUCAUCCCGGCCACCAAUCGCAAGGCCGACAAUCCGCCUACAGUAGAGACCGUGAUGGGCUUGGUGAAGGCCAAGUUUGACGAGAGCAAUCUCGAUGCGUGGGACGCUGACCUUGACAGUGGGACUGAGUCUGAAGCUGACGGCUAUGAAACGGCAAACGAGGAUGACUACCGUACCUCCAACCGUCCAGGGCCAUCGCGUUCAGGUUCUCCUCCUCCGCCCGCUGCGUCUCAGCCCAACAAGGGUAAAGGCAAGGUCAUGUUCAAACCGACGACAACCCAGAUACCGGCAGCACCACCCGUCGACCCCUCCCAGCCGCGCGAGAGCUCCGUGGACACUCUGACCGACCAGUUACGAGCACUCUCCAUCAACAGUCUCAACCUCGACACCGUUCUACGCGCCUUGAACAAGGAUCAGAUCUACGAACUCGUCACGAAAGGCACACUUUCGGCAGCGUCCAGUCCAAGUGGAUCGUCAGCGCCUCUUCCGCCACCUCGCGGUUCCUCGCCUGCACAGAACCGGCCGGGUUUUCGUGAGGCGUGCUUCGUAUGCGGACAGCCCGAAGCACAGCACUCCAUUCAGCGCUGUCCCGAGACGCUCGCACUGAUCCAGGAAGGGCUGGUACAAAUCGGCCUAGAUUCGAUCACGCAGCGCCGUCGUGUCCUCCUUAUCGACGGCAGCGAGUUGCCCAUUGCGCCGCCGACACCUCCAGGCGAGGUUAGGAAACUUGCCCCAUACAUUCGUCACCUUGCCGCGGCGGGCAAGAUUCCCCGGGCAUCAUCAGCAGGAACGUCAACAUCGACUCCAGGAAGUCAAGCUCGCGAUACGCCGCCGCACCAGCCAGCCCGGACUGCACCUUCUGCAUCUUCAGGCGCUGUAUCAUUCAUCAUCGAUCCGCCGACAGUAGAGGCGUCUGCACAUGCUGCGGAGUCUCUGCCGCCCCACCCUGACUUCUAUCUGACAGCAGACUACAGUGUCGCGCCGGUGACCCGCUCGGGCCGCGAUACGGCCGCUCGGAGCAACACCGCCCCUUAUCCAGAGGACAAGCGUCGUCCUGCACCAGCCAGCAAGCCGCCAAGCAGCACGCAAGCACCAACUCCGACGACUCAGCAGCCCCGGGCCCCGAAUCCAGUGCCACCCGCCACCAAUCAGCAGCGACCGAACCGCGCGCCACCACCGUCUGCACCCGUUCCCGUCGUUCCUCCGCCACAUCCGCUCAAUACCCGCGCACCACCGCGGAAGCAGCCUGCCGGUACUGAUAUCGAUAUGCGUGAAGCCGAAAAGCCGCGCGAUCGAUACCAUUUUACUUCUAACAUACAGGAGGCUGUUAAGCUGGAAGACGUCGAGAAACGGAUUUGGGACCUGGAUAUAACCCUUCCCCUCCGAGAUCUCGUUGGCAUCUCACCCUUGUUACAGAAGUCGGUUACUGAGUAUACUCGUGUUCGCCGCGAAUAUAUCACGCAGAACGCACAGGGUGAGUUUGAAGCACACGUCGUCGACGCUGAUCACGUCUGUCCCCAGUGUCAUACAGCCUCCCUUCUGGUCUCUCCCGGUGAUACCGUACACGCACCCGACACACCUGAAGAUCGAGCACUCUUUGGUACGUCUGUUGCCCGCGCUUUCUCAGCUGAAUCGUCGUCAGGAGCGUUUUAUUCAAUGGCAACUGGGCAUCUUGCUGCGACUAUCAACGGGUCGGCGGUGACGCUGAUGCUCGAUACUGGCUCGGAGCUCAACCUCAUCUCUGAACGCCUGGUAGCAGCUCUCGGCCUCCCGCUUGACAGCAGCGGUUCGCAUUGGCAUGUCAAGGGCGUCAACGGUGGUCCAGUCCGGCUUCGCGGCGUAGUGCACAACGUGCCCAUUCUGAUCGGUGGACUUCUGUUCCCUCACCACUUCUUCGUCACGCGUUCGGGAUCCCAACAGCAAGGUCAGCCAUCCGACGACCUGUCCAUCGCCUACACCGAAGAAGCCACCACCUCAACGCACGACCUUCUCUGUGGCCAACCGUUCAUUCAGCACUUCAACUCCCGACUCGACUUCACUCGCUCCGGUCUCAUGACGCUCCAACUCUGGACGGUUGCAGACCGCAGCAACCGUGCACCGUCAAUCUCUGUCGUACUAUCUAAGCCCAAUAACCCGCGCAAUCACGCUACGCUCAUCCACGCAGCAAUCGCCUUGCCAGGUGACCAACUGCCCGAAAACUCCGCCUCUGUCGAAGAAGUUGGCGAUGCAGCUGCUGCGUCGUCGGCUUUUUAG